AUGGCUUCUAUUGCCUAAUAGAUACUUGUAGUCUUCUAAAAGAAUUACAUUGUGUAUUUCUAAGAAAAGCAGUUCAUCGGUGAAUUUUUGGUGCCAAUAAUUGUGUUUGUUAUGCUAAUGGUAGCAUGUAAUAAUUUAAGAAUAUUCUUAAAUUUUAGAAAAAGAAAAUAAUCCUGUUUUCCUUGAAAUUAUGGCUGAAUUUGUACCUAUGACCUUUCUAGCCACAUCUAGAUAUAUUGUAAUAUAAAUGAUAGCUGAAAAAAGUGAAAGACAAAAAGAGAUUUAAAAGGUAAAGAAUAUAUAUAAUAGAAUAGAUUAUGGGUUUGAAAGGAUCAGCAUAUUAAUUAGGAUGGCUUCUAUUUAAUUUUUCAAGAUUAUUAUCAGUUUGUUUUGUAUUUUUGUUGUUAACAGUACCUACUCAUUGUUUUUAACAUCCUAAAGGUGGUAAAAAUUAUUUGGAUGGAGGUUAAAUAGUAGGAAGUUUUAUUUUAUUUGGCUUAAGUUAAUGCUCUUAAUCUUAUUUUAUAACUGCUUUGUUUGAUUAGCCAAGAAGUGGAGCAGACAUGUCAGUAAUAGUAACAAUAAUUGGUUCAUUUGGUGCAUAACUAUUAAAUGUUGAAUAAAUUAAUAGGUAUAAAUAUGUGUAAUAAAUAUAGUAAUGCAGGACUUCUUAUAUUACUUGGGUUUUGUUUUCCUACAUUUGGAUUUGAUAUAUAUAUUUUUCCUUAAUUGGGAGGUAUAAUUAUUAAAGAUUGGGGAAUUUCUGUAGGAGGUUAUUUUGUAUUGUAAGCAUCAUCUGCAUUGAUAUAUGCAUUUCUCUAUUAUUAUUUGGAAUAAGUGUUACCAAAUGAAUACGGUACAAAUAAACAUCCUCUUUUUUUCCUUGGUUGUAAAUAUCAAACUGAAAAUGAUGUGUUAUCAUCAUCAUAUGAAUUAGGAGGAAUGGGAAAACCAUUUAUUAGCAAUAGACAAUCAGAAUUUUAAGAGGAUGCAAGUUCUGCUAUAUAUCAUGAAGUUUUUGAAAAUAUAAAACAAGUCAAAGUAAAUUAUAUAUAUAUAUUUUAGAGAUCCAUCUAAAUUAAAAAUGUUAGAAAAAGUUAUGGUGAAUUAAAAGCUGUUGAUGGAGUUACAUUAUAAAUAUAUGAUUCACAAAUUCUCUGUUUGUUAGGUCAUAAUGGGGCUGGUAAAACAACAUUGAUCUCUUUAUUAACUGGAUUAAUCAAAAAGGAUAGUGGACUAAUAUCAUAUUAUAAUACAGAUACUGAUUUUGAGAAUAUUAGAUCUUAUUUGGGUAUCUGUCCUCAAAGAGAUGUUCUCUAUGAUUCAUUGACAUGUGAUUAACAUUUAUGGUAUUAUGGAAAAAUAAAAGGAAUUGAGGAUAAAUAACUAUAUUUAGAUAUUGAUUUGAUAAUUAAUAAAUGUGAUCUUUUAAAUGAUAGAACUAAACUUGCUAAGAAUUUAUCUGGAGGAACUAAAAGAAAAUUAAGUUUAGCUUUAUCUUUAAUUGGUUAAUCAAAAGUCAUAUUUUUGGAUGAACCUACAUCAGGAAUGGAUCCAAUUUCGAGGAAAAAGAUUUGGGAUAUUUUAAUAUAAGUGAAGAGUGAAGGAAAAAGUUUAGUUUUAACAACUCAUCAUUUAGAUGAAGCUGAGGUUCUUUCAGAAAGAAUAGCUAUAAUGGCUAAAGGAAAAUUAUUAACUGUAGGUUCAGUUGAUUUUGUUAAAGUCAAUUUUGGAAUUGGUUAUCAUCUUAAUAUUUAUAAUAAAGGAAGUUAGGAUUGGGAGAAAAAAUCCAAAAAUUUAUAAGCUCUUACAAAAAAAUGUGUUCCUUCUUCAAGAGAAAAUGCUUAAACUCCUUCAGAAUGUUUAAGUUUCUCAAUAAAUUUUGAUAAAAAAGAAGAACUAUUACCUUUAUUUCAAUAAUUAGAGAAGGAUCCAUAAAUUGAAUUGAAUUUAAUUAUGAAUACUUUAGAAGAAGCAUUUAUAAAUAUUGGAAUGGAUGAAGAGUCUUUCUUAAAAAAAAAAGUAUAAGGUCUAUAAAAUACUUAAGAUGGUACUUAAGUAAAUUUGAAUGAAGAAUUAAAUAAAAUAGUCCCUCCUUCUUGUUUAAGUAGACCACCUGUUUUUGAUUUUGGUCUAUAAUUAUGGUCAUGCAUUUUAAAAAAGCAUUAUAAUGUAACAACAAAAAGACUUAUUGUUGGAAUUAUAAUGCCUGCAGUUUUUAUAAUUUUAGGACCACUUUUAACUACAGUAUAUUAUAAAUCAUUUGUUGAAAAAAAUGCUGAAUUAUAUGAAAAUGAAUUUUAUGAGAAUGCAUUAGCUGUUUUUGAUUCAUAUGGCUAUAUAAUUUUAGGAAUAGCUAUAGCUAGCUCUUAGAUAGGUAGUCAACCUGUUGAAGAAAGAGAAAAAAAGCAGAAAUAUGCAUUAAAUGUUAUGGGUUGUAGAAUAUUACCAUUUUGGUUAGGCUAUUAUAUUUAUGAUUUGAUAAUAAGUGUAAUUUUGCUUAUCAUCUUUAUAAUCACAGUAGUUGCUUGUGGUUACUCAUAAUUAAACAAUGCAGUUUUUUAUACAUUAGUAUUUUUUAACUUCUUUGCUUAUUUACCAUUCUCAUAUAUGUUAUCUUGGAUGUUUAAUUCAUUUAAUUCUGCUGUUAAAUCUUUACUAAUAAUUUAAGUUAUUGGCUUUUAUUUGAUUGCUAUCAUCAUUUAUUUAGUUUCAUUUAAGAAUGAAGCUGGAUUAUGGAUACUAACAUUUUUAUGUCCUUCUUUAUCCUUUUUUUCAGGAUGUGUAACAUUUUUGAAUAGUUUAGAACUAAUUGGGGCAGAUGAUAAGGUAUAAAGUUUAAGUGCUUUUGGUGAUGAUGUUUAGCCUUACAUUUUUAUAAUAAUUCUAUUUUUAUAAGGUAUUGCUUACUUUGGAAUUACUUUAUUACUUGAUAAUAGACAAUUAUUGGCAGCUAAUAACAGUGGUUAAUUAGGGACAAUUUAUGAUUAAGAUGUAUUGACAGAAGAAUAAAGAGUUUUAGAUCCAAGAUGUUAAGAUAGAAUUAUAGCUAGAAAGAUUUCAAAAACAUAUGCAAAUGGAUUUUAAGCAGUCAAAGGAACAUCCUUUGGUGUUGAACCAGGAACAAUUUUUGGAUUAUUAGGACCUAAUGGAGCUGGUAAAUCAACUACAUUCAAUAUGAUUACAUCAAGAUUAAAGCCAUCUUCAGGAAAUAUUUACUUAGAAUAGGAAGAAAUUAAAAAAGGAUUAGGAGAAGUGUAUUAAAAUGUUGGAAUUUGUCCAUAAUUUGAUAGUUUAUAUGAUAUUGUAUCUGUAAGAAAACAUCUUUAAUUAUGGGGAUAUUUAAAGGGAUUAAAAGGAUAAGAAUUAGAAGAGUCAAUUUUAUAUUUCUUAAAGGUGAUGUAAUUAGAAAACUAUGAAAAUUCAUUAGCUGGAUAAUUAAGUGGAGGAAAUAAAAGAAAGUUAUGUGUAGCAUUAGCUCUUAUGGGUGGAACAAAUAUGUAAUUCUUUGAUGAACCCUCUUCUGGUGUUGAUCCAAUAGCUCGUAGAUUUUUAUGGAAUGCUAUCCAAUAAGGUGUUAAAUUAAGAUAGAGUUCUGUUAUUUUAACAACACAUACUAUGGAUGAAGCUGAAAGUCUAUGUAAUAAAAUUGCAAUUUAAGUUAAUGGAUCUUUUGCUUGUAUUGGAACAGUUUAACAUUUAAAAUAAAAAUUUGGAGAAGGAUAUAGAAUUUUAAUAGAUCCCAUUAACUAAGUAUAUUAUUAUUAUAUUUUUAGGAAAGUAUUUAAUAAAUAGAAUAAUAAUUAACACAGAAUUUUGGAAAUAUAGAUUUUAGAUAAGAUGAACAUACUGGAAAGAUUAUUUGUAAGUUUCCUUUAAAAGGAUUCUAAUUUUAUCAAACUUUCUACAUCUUCUAAUAAAUCUUAUAAAAUGAUUUGAAACUAAUCAAAGAUUUUUAGAUAAGUUAACCCAACCUAGAAUAAAUAUUUGUUUAAUUUGCUGCUUAACAAGCUGCUGAACAAGAGAAAGUAAAAAUACAACAGAAUUGUUGUUCAAUACCAAUUCUUUGUGGAAAUGAUGAGGAUAAUUGA